UGGCGCUGUUAUAUUCCCUGCUCCAUGUGAGGCGAGAUAAUGUUACUCUUAUUCUGCAGUGCUCUUGUCAUCGUCUACGGAGGCCGGAUCUUCCGAGUUGCCUUUGUGUGCCCGGCCGGUGAGGCACCGAGGAGUCUCCGGUCCUUCCUCACUGGGGAUGAGGUGCCUCUGUUUAACUGGAAGCAGUAACCAGAUUAAAGUGCCAGGUUUGAAGGCAUUGCACAGGGCAUAUUCCUUGCCACUAGGAUAUAAAGAUGGGUAUGCGAAUCAAACUAAACAGCAGUGACCACCCCAGCAAUCUGCUGCGUGAGCUGAACAAGUCCCGUUUGUCAGGUAUACUUUGUGAUGUUAAUAUUGUUGUGGGAAAUCGGACUUUUGCAGCUCAUAAAGCAGUACUUGGCUCUGCAGCUUCUUAUUUUCAAAAAUUGUUCUCAAGCACUGACUUGGAUUCAGCUCGAACCUAUGUGGUGGACUUUAUCAAUGCAGCUAAUUUUGAGAAAGUCCUGAGCUUCAUCUAUACUUCUGAGCUCUUCACUGAUCUCAUCAAUGUCGGCGUUAUUUAUGAAGUAGCGGAGAAACUUGGCAUGGAGGACUUGAUAAAGGCUUGCCAUGCAACAUUUCCUGAUCUAGAGGGCUCCUCAGGACAAAAAUACCAGUGUUCGGUGUCUUCUAGUGAAGGGCGUUCAAGCACGUCAGCCGAGCAAAAUCAAGUAGAGACAAGGGGCAAUGGGAUGGAAAACCACAUCCCUUCAGCAGAGAAACAGUUUAGUAGUCAGUCAGAUGGACCUAGUUCAUUUAAAGGAGAAGACGAAGACGCUAGUAUAAAUCAAGCAAAUAUUUUUUCAGUACCAGCAAAAACUGAAGAACAAAGCACCUCCGUAAGAUACCAGUCCUCUAAUUGUUCUGUGAAUACUGGAUUUGGUCCAACAAGUACGUGCCCUCCUUUUAAAACGCAACAUAAUGGUGAUUACAACAAAACUGGAUAUUUCCCUGGGGAUUCUUCUGUUGGUGGGAACUCGAAGGAAUCUGCUGGCGGGUUUGAAGUCAUGGGAGAUCUUCACUUGGAUGAGCUAGAAGAGGAAGAAUUGCAGUUUGAUGAAGGAGGAGAUGAGGACUCUGGACCAUCUGGGGAAAUUAUUGAAUUGAGUGAUGGCAGUGAAGAUGAGCUACUAUUGUUUGGACAGGGAGAAAGUCGAAGUGGUAAAGCUAUGCCUUGCCAAGUUUGCAAAAAAGUUCUAGAACCUAACUUACAGCAUAUUCGCCAACAUGCUCGGGAACAUGUAGAUCUACGUAACAGCAGUUGCAAAGUCUGUCAGGCUUGCUUCCAUGACCGGGGUGCUAUGAUUACUCAUGUUUUAUCACAUGUUGGCAUCUUUCUCUUUUCCUGUGAUAUGUGUGAGGAUAAGUUUUUCAGCCAGUGGCAACUCACCCUUCACCGAGGACAAGAAGGUGUUACAUCGGAGCAUAACAUAAUCAUCCACCCAGGCCAGCCUCUCCCAGGAGAAGUUAAUACUUUCGUGGGAGCUUUGGGUACUGAACUUCCAUGUGGAGCUUGCCAUAGGACCAUGCAACGUGAUUUCCAUUCUGUGAGAUCUCAUGCUUUAGAGCACCUUAACACCAAGAACCUGUCCUGUGGGCUGUGUGAGCAGCGGCACUUAACACUUUGUGGUCUUAUGUGGCACGUCUUAUCACACAUGUCCAUAUCUGUGUUUUCUUGUUCCCUCUGUGCUAGUAGCUUCCUUGACCGACACUUGCUGGAGAAGCAUAUGGCAGUACACCAGAAUUUAGAUGAAGCAUUGUUCCGGUGCCACCUUUGUUCCCAAGGCUUCAAAUCUGAAGUAGCAUACCGACAGCACCUGAACCAGCAUCGGUGUGGUAGUAUUCCUACAGAUAGACCUGGGUUUUCUGAAUUCUCCCAAUUGCAGAUUCCAGCAUCGAAGAGAAAGAUUCCUGAGGAUUUUACAAUAGAUGAUCAGUCAAUUGCUGGACAAACAGCCCACAGCAAAUACACUUGUAAGGUUUGUGGAAAAUGCUUCUCCCACACUAGUGAGUUUAACUACCAUCGACGCAUUCAUACAGGUGAAAAGCCGUAUCAGUGCAAAGUGUGUCACAAGUUCUUCCGAGGCCGUUCUACCAUCAAGUGCCACCUAAAAACGCAUGCAGGAGCUCUUAUGUACAGGUGCACCGUAUGCGGACACUACAGCUCCACCCUAAACCUCAUGGGUGAGCACAUUGCAGUGCACCGAGGCAACCUGCCCUCAGACUUCACCAUUGACCAAACAUUUAUGUAUACAAUUCACUCCAAAGAAACAGACAAGAGUGCUGAUAGCUAAUGUGUUUUAAAGCCGGUCAGGGCAGAAGGUUGUUUGUAUUAAAUCAUUUUUACAGAUAAGCUUCACUAAGGUGUUGCAUUUGUUUAAAUGGUUGCUACUAAAAUGUUGUUCUUUUGGUUUGUUUUGAUUUUAUUUUUUUAAUGUGUGUUUGUGUUCUCUUCAGUUUCACAUGAUUUUAAAUUAAUUUUGGUAUAUUAUCAGACUACAACUUUUAUCCUGUUGAAUUUGUCACUGCAAUGAAUUCAGAAUUUCAGUCUGGACACUAUAAACUUCCUCAUGCCUCAAAGUAUAAGCAGGUCGGAACUGUAUACAGGUUACAAUGUAAUGUGUUAUACAGUGAGUAAAUGGUUUCAAGACUUUUCACUGGAUAAGGAGAACAUUAUUUAUUACCUGCCAUGUUCCUAGUUUGUCUCUUCUCGCAUACAAUGUAAGAUUUAUUUCCUGCUUAUAGCAAACAUAAAUAUGCCUAUUGAUGUUAGAAUUCUCUCUGACGUGAGGUGGGUAUAUUUUGCAGGAAAUGAUUGAACGGGGGCAUCUGUAUUUCUUCUUUGUAUUUUUGUGGCGUAAUGUUUAUUAAAAAAAAAUACUUUGCA